AAUGGAGAGAAGUUGAUCAGAUAUGUAGGUGCUUUCGGUGUGUUGUUGCCAGUUGGUUUCAGUUUGUUGCUUGUGGCUUGACUCAAUUGGCAAGGUCACUAGAUCAAUUACAAGGCAGAUUUGUUACAAGCUCUUCUCGUUCCAACUUUUUACUUUACUCUAGAGAGCGAGCGAGUCUAACCUAAAAAUUCCCGUACAUGUGCUUUCGGCACUCACACACAUCCAUGCUUGGACGGAGAACAGAGAGGCCACACUCACCCUCUCUCUCUCUAGCACACACACACACACAAGAGCUUCAUCUUUUUACAGUUUGAUAAUGACGAAAGAAGAGGGAAUGAAAGGAGAGGCAAGAACCGCCCGCCCAAGAAAUCGACAAAGAAACGCAGAAUAUAAAGUGAAAUUUUUGACGUUGUUACUCUGCUGGUCACACAUUAGCCGGCUGUUCGAUUUUGUUGACAAAAUGUUGGAUGCCGAAUUAAACGAUUUACCAGAUAUUAAAGCUCCAGAACUAACUUUUGAGCACUUGGUGAAGGUCCUGAGUUCACUCCGACCGCUGCAGCGUUACAGUUUUUGUGUGGAGGCCCAAAACGAAGGCGACGUGGAUAAGCUGUAUAAGGGCUUCCUGAAGCUGCUUAAGGGCAACCUAAGCCUGGAGGAGGUUGUCGCCCUCUACUCUGCAUCAGUGGUUUUGUUCCUGCUGGCAGAUGACGACCGGGAACGGUCGUGCAACCAGAGGCUGGAGCUUUUAAACAAGACCUUCAACUACUCGGACACCCUGAAGCCAACUAUGAUCCACUUCGCCACCGUGGAAAUGAUGAAUAGUCUCAGGCUGGCCAACACCAACGAGGAGUACUUCUUUAUCUACCUGUUGGACGCAAUUCCACAUGUUCUUGUGGCUAGCGACACGGGCAAGAUGAUCUCUCUCGGCCUGCUUCGCGCUCUAAUAGCUGUCUUGUCCGGUUCUCGGAUUAUCCUGUACAUCUAUCGCAGCCUGUGGGAGGCUUGGGAGAUGGUGCCACAAAUUAGCCAGAACAUGAUACUCCUGGAAUGGUCACUUCGCAGAACCUACGCCCUGCUAAAGGCUUUCUCGCUCCUAAUGGCCGCUGUCGCUUUCAACUCUGGCAAUCGGGAACUGAAGCAGGCUGGUUACAGGGGCUUCGAACUGCCCAACUGCACAACGGAGAUCUCCGACUGGUUCAGAACUCUGAGGGACAGGCUCGAGGAGAAGCACACGGAAUUAAAGUGCAAAGUGGGACUUCAGCUGGUGCGUUUCGUGGACCACAACAUCCUUGCGAGCCUCACUGAAACGGGGAACGAGUCCACCUCCGAGGCGGGGAACGAGGCGACUUCGGAGGCGGGAAAUGACACCGCCGGAUGAGUUUUACUGUGUAUUAUUUAUUGGUUUGUAUUAGUAAUAGAAUGUUUGAAUUAGCUCAUAAA